AUGAUUGCGUGUCAAAAGGCGAUGCAGGAAUGUGUAACUUUUGGGAAUAGGAAGUAUUCUCGUUUACCUUCGUCUUCUCAUAUAUCAAAAUAUGGAUCAGUUCAUCCUCGUCAAGUGGAAUUAACCCGAAUGGUUUUUAAUGACUUUAUCAUUGCACUAGAUUUACCAUUAUCAAUUACUGAAAAACCUGCAUUUAUUCAAGCUAUGAAUACAGUUGAUCCAAAAUUUCGUAUUCCAUCUCGACGGUCGAUCACAUCUGAUUAUUUAUCAAAAUUACAUGAGCAGAUUAUCAACAAAUUGAAAAAUGCAUGUUCAUUAGCUGAUUUUCUCUCAUUAACAUUUGAUGGCUGGACAGAUCGUCGUUUGCAAACGUUUUAUGCUGUUAAAAUGCAUUAUAUUGAUCAAAUGGAACAAUUAAAAACACAUUUGCUCGGUUUUAAUCCUCUUUCUGUUGAAAUAUAUUAUGAUUUAGAAAAUGAAUUAAAAUUAUACAAAUAUACAAGUUCAAUAUGUAAUACACUUUUUAAAUCAGUAAAAGAAAGAUUUGGUGGUCUUCUACUUAAUCUUGAAAAACCAGUCGAUGAUCAUUUAUAA